GCGUUGCGCACUUCAUGCACUUGCAACUUAAAAAUAAGUUAGAAAAUACUUGCACUAAGAAUUUUCAUCCCUUCAUUGGAUGGCAGACAAGAGCCGGCAUCUCCAAAGCCAGAAAAGGAAAGGCCCGCCUCGUACAGACAGCUCUCUGCCCUGACACAAUGGCUCCAGUAUAAAGUGUAGCUUGACGGGUGCUUGGAAGCAACAGCACAAAGAAACACCAAGUGGCGGUUUUUGAGACCAAAGAACAUUGAAACGACAUCAAAGUCAUCUUGCGAUGGAGAAAUUUAAGGCCGCUCUGUUGCUGGCAGGGGUUGGGGAUGCUCUGGGAUAUCGGAACUUCACCCGGGAAAACAAUGCUUUAGGUGCCAAGAUCAAAGAGGAACUGAAGGAAAUUGGAGGGCUCGAGAACCUAGUGCUGUCCUCUGACAAAUGGCCUGUGAGCGACAAUACUAUUAUGCACAUGGCUACAGCUGAGGCUCUCGUUACAGAUUACUGGUGUUUAGAAGAUCUGUAUCGAGAACUCGUAAAACGUUAUUUUGAUGUUGUUGACAAACUUUCUGGAAGAUGGUCAGAUCCUGCUACUAUUGAGGGCUGCUCACAACUGAAGCCAGACAACUACCUCCUAGCUUGGCACACACCAUUUAAUGAGAAAGGUUCAGGGUUUGGUGCUGCUACAAAAGCGAUGUGCUUAGGGAUGAGAUACUGGAAGCCUGAGAGGCUGGAAACUCUCAUCGAAGUGAGCAUUGAAGUUGGGCGGAUGACUCACAAUCACCCUACAGGUUUUUUAGGAUCGCUGUGCACAGCGCUGUUUGUCUCCUAUGCAUUGCAAGGCAAACCACUUGCCCAGUGGGGAAGAGAAAUGAUGAAGGUUGUCCCAAUGGCUGAAGAAUUCUGCAAAAAGACUAUUCGGCAUAUGGCAGAAUAUCAGGAACACUGGUUUUACUUUGAAGCAAAAUGGCAGUUUUAUUUGGAGGAGAGAGAAAUCACUGAAGAAAAUCAGAAUAAACCUCUGUUUCCUGAAAAUUAUGAUGCAGAGGAAAGAGAAAAGACUUACAGGAGAUGGAGUUCUGAAGGCCGUGGUGGAAGGAGAGGUCACGAUGCUCCCAUGAUUGCAUAUGAUGCUCUCUUGGGAUGUGGCGGUGAUUGGACCGAGCUUUGCAACCGUGCCAUGUUCCACGGUGGUGAGAGUGCAGCCACCGGAACUAUUGCUGCCUGUUUGUAUGGAUUGCUUUAUGGCCUCAACAAGGUCCCGAAAGGCUUGUAUCAGGAUCUUGAACAAAGGGAAAGGCUAGAACACUUGGGAGAGGCUAUUUACCAACUGACUACCGAGGAAAAGUAAAGAUGUUUUUUGCCAUAUUAUCUUCUUUUUAUAAGUAUUAUA